AUAUUCAUCUGUUUCAUUAUCAACCACAGGAUGCUUUUUAUCAAAAUCAAAGAUGUGAGGAUGCAUGUAUAUAUGCCACUGCUCAAAAUUUUGAUCAGCAUCCUUAGCCUUUUUCUCUUCUUGCAACUAUGGCCACACAUUCAGCUCUUGCCGUCUCCAGAAUCCCCGUCAAACCGAGGCUGCAGUCUAAGAGUGCCAUCCACUCUUUCCCAGCUCAAUGUUCCUCCAAGAGGCUAGAAGUGGCUGCAUUCUCCGGCCUGCGAGUCAGCAGUAACGGUGGGGAAGCAUCUUUCUUUGAUGCCAUAGCUGCUCAAAUCACCCCCAAGGCUGUGGGGACACCCUCUCCUGUUAGAGGAGAGACAGUGGCAAAACUGAAGGUGGCCAUCAAUGGGUUUGGAAGGAUUGGUAGGAACUUCCUCAGGUGUUGGCACGGUCGCAAGGACUCUCCUCUCGAAGUUGUUGUGCUUAACGACAGUGGUGGUGUCAAGAACGCAUCCCACUUGCUCAAGUAUGACUCCAUGCUUGGAACCUUCAAGGCCGAUGUGAAAAUAGUCGACAAUGAAACUAUCAGCGUUGAUGGCAAGCUCAUCAAAGUCGUCUCAAACAGAGAUCCUCUUAAGCUUCCAUGGGCUGAUCUCGGCAUUGACAUUGUCAUCGAGGGAACAGGAGUGUUUGUUGAUGGGCCAGGAGCAGGGAAGCACAUCCAAGCUGGAGCCUCGAAAGUGAUCAUCACAGCACCAGCUAAAGGCGCUGAUAUCCCAACCUAUGUUGUGGGAGUCAAUGAGCAAGACUAUUCUCAUGACGUUGCUAACAUCAUUAGUAAUGCAUCUUGCACCACCAACUGUUUGGCUCCCUUUGCGAAAGUUUUGGAUGAAGAGUUUGGAAUCGUCAAGGGGACUAUGACAACGACACACUCUUACACCGGGGACCAAAGGCUCCUAGAUGCAUCACACAGGGACCUAAGGCGUGCAAGAGCCGCAGCACUGAACAUUGUACCGACUAGCACAGGUGCAGCAAAGGCGGUGUCGUUGGUGCUCCCCCAGCUGAAGGGUAAACUCAACGGCAUUGCACUCCGUGUGCCGACCCCAAACGUCUCUGUGGUUGACCUUGUUAUAAACGUUGAGAAGAAAGGUUUGACUGCUGAAGACGUUAACGAGGCCUUCAGAAAAGCGGCCGCUGGACCGCUCAAGGGCGUUUUAGAGGUUUGCGACACGCCACUUGUCUCUUGUGACUUCAGGUGCUCUGAUGUCUCAACCACCAUUGACUCUUCCCUCACAAUGGUCAUGGGUGAUGAUAUGGUCAAGGUGGUCGCCUGGUACGACAACGAGUGGGGUUACAGCCAAAGAGUAGUGGAUUUGGCUCACCUAGUGGCUGCCAAGUGGCCGGGAGAGGUAGCUGCUGGAAGCGGAGACCCUUUGGAAGAUUUCUGUAAGACAAACCCAGCCGAUGAAGAAUGCAAAGUCUAUGAAGCUUGAUUCCAAUCUUUUUCUCUAAACUGUUUCCGAGCAAUUUGGUUUAUCUUCCAGUGACAAUUUAUCGAAAUCAUAUAAACCGUACCUCUUAAACUCUAUCAUAUAUUUCGUCUUCUUUCUUUUUACUAUUAUAUCAAAAGGCAAUGUAUGUAAUACCCAUUCCUUUUCAUUGCCUCAUGUGCGAUCUCGAGGAUACAAUAAUUUCAAUGA